AUGUCAACGUCUGUUGUUGCGGCUCGGCCGCCCGCGCAGCCUACGGCCAUCCUGCGCGGCCACCGCGCCCAGGUCCAUGCAGCUGUCUUCAUGCGGCUGGACCGCACGGCCGCGGCCGGAGCGACGAUGACGGCCGACACGCGUCUCGUUACUGGGGACAGCGACGGCUACGUCGCCCUCUGGGACCUGGCCAUUGUACGCACCCGUGGCGUGUGGCGUGCCCACAAGAACAGCAUCCUGGGCAUUGCCGCCUGGGACGAUGCAGGGCAGGUCGUGACCCACGGCCGGGACCACCGGCUGGUGGUGUGGCAGGUGGGCGUGGCCGACGAGGCGCGCCUAAGCACGGUGCUUCCGCUGGAUCUGGAGGCUUCAUCGACGCCGUCUUCGGCAGCGUCGUCGGCAUCCCACCCGCAGCCUUGGAUGGUGCACGUGCUCGAUGUCAACACGAUGAACUUUUGCGCGUUUGCCUGGUGCGGUCUGGUGGGCAGCGUGGCGGCUGUGACGGCCGCGACGACGCAUGCAACGGCAGCAAGCAUGCCGUCUACCGACAAACAGUUGACACCAACAUCGACACCACCGACCGAACGGCUGGUGGCCGUGCCCAACACGCUCACCCUCGAAGCAGCCGACAUAUACCACCUUCCGUCGCAGCGGCGUAUCAACACAGUCCGCCUGGGCACCAAGGAGGGCAUGAUUAUGGCCCUGGCACUGUUUUAUGCGCCGGUCACAGACACAGAAGCGACAGACGACAGCCAGCCAACACUGGUGCUCAUUGCAGCCUUUGAAAACGGCGUGGCUGUGGCCGCCUUGCUCCGCCAAGGCGCCGACGGACCGGCCGACCUUGUCUACCGCGCACAGCCGCACAGCCAGCCGAUCUUGUCGCUGGACGUCGCACCCGACCGUUCUUAUUUUCUGACAUCGGCCGCGGAUGCCGUGGUCGCAAAGCAUCCGAUCCGUGUACCGGCAGCGCCAAAAAAGGCCGCUGCUGUCCCAGCCUCCACACUACCAAGUGCAUCCCCUGCAUCGCCACCGGCACCUCCAACAUUGGCCGGCAAGCCCGUGUCUCUGCUCUCGGCCGCUCUCGCCAAGGAGGCAGCGGCAGCGUCGCCCCCUUCGCCAUCCAAUGCACCGCCCACCAGAGGAGCAGCGACGCCCUUGGCACCCGUCGAAGUCGAGACACAACCUCUCGCAGUGAUCAACACCAAGCACGCAGGCCAGCAGGGCCUGCGCAUCCGCGACGAUGGCCGCCUGUUUGCCACAGCUGGCUGGGACGCCAGAGUGCGCGUGUACACGGCACAGACGAUGACGGAGGUUGCUGUGCUCAAGUGGCAUCAGACGGGGUGUUUUGCCGUGGCAUUUGCACCAGUUGUCGUGGCGGACACCCAGAGAGAAGGUGAAGAUGAAGGCAAAAGAAAAGGAGAAGACGAAAGGGCUUUGGCGCCGACCGGCGGUUCAACAGCCCUGGCUUCACGACACAGUCGACGAGACACCAGUGUCAAGGAACGCCGUCUGCGCCACGCCGUCACGGCGCACUGGCUGGCCGUUGGCAGCAAAGACGGCAAAGUCAGUCUGUGGGACAUAUUCUAG